AUGGGCGACGCGGACUCUGACUACCCCCAGCUCCAGUCCUACACCGCCCCCCAGGACAUCCUCGACGACCACGCCCAGCAAGCAGACGACGACGACACCCCAGACGCCUUCCAGGACAAGGCAAAGUCAAAGCAGGUCGCAGCACGCCAGGGCGACUACCAGCUCAGGCGCUUCAACAGGACAGACGGACUCGGCGAGGGCGAGGAUGAGAGCUACGAGGACAGGAUGCGCAGGGUGAAUGUUGAGAAGGAGGAGGAGAAGGUGCGGCGGUACAAGGAGAAGCUCGACAAGGAGGAUCAGGAAAAGGGCCAGAUGCAGGUCGACGACGACAAGACACCCCCCCGGGCCAUUGCUGGCGACAGCACACCCCCAAGGAAGGCUAUUGCCGGCGACGAUACCCCUCCCCGAGCUCAGGCGGGCGACGGCACUCCCCCUCGCAAGAAGCGCAGAUGGGACGUCGAAGAAGACACCAAGCCAAAAGCAGAGGCCGAGGUCAAGCAGGAAGAUGGCGAGCCCAAAAAGCGUCGAUCGAGGUGGGACCAGACGCCUGCCGAGGCGCCCCCCGAGAAGAAACGCUCUCGUUGGGACCAGACACCGACAGAGGCGCCCUCCACCUCUGCCGUGGCUCCUGCCCCGGGCCUGCGUAUGGUCGAAGACAAGCGAUAUCGCAGUAUGACCAACGACGAGCUCGACUCGCUUCUUCCCGGUGCUGCAGAGGGAUACGUGAUUGUUGCCGUCCCCGACGACUACCACCCCAGUGCUCCCGUACGAAAGAUGGUCUCGGCUACCAGCGAACAUGGCUUUAUGCAGCAAGACGACGCCGAAGCAGCCAAGAUGAGAGCCGCGGCCGGUGGUCUCCAGGGUACGACAGAGCAGACCGAGAUCGAGGGCAUCGGAACACUCCAGUUCCUCAAGCCUGAAGACGCUCAGUAUUUCGCCAAGGUGCUCGGUGAAGGUGGAGGCGAAGAGAAUGACGUCGAGUAUACUCUGGAUGAGCUCAAGGAGCGCAAGAUUAUGCGUCUCUUGCUCAAGAUCAAGAACGGUACCCCUCCUGUCCGAAAGACUGCUCUUCGUCAGAUCACAGACCGUGCCCGUGAAUUCGGUGCCGGCCCCUUGUUUGACAAGAUUCUCCCCCUCCUCAUGGAACGGACCCUGGAAGAUCAAGAACGUCACUUGCUUGUCAAGGUCAUUGACCGUGUUCUCUACAAGCUCGACGACCUUGUUCGCCCCUACGUUCACAAAAUCUUGGUAGUCAUCGAACCUCUCUUGAUUGACGAAGACUACUAUGCCCGUGUCGAAGGUCGCGAAAUCAUCUCCAAUCUCGCCAAGGCUGCCGGUCUCGCCCACAUGAUUUCUACCAUGCGUCCCGAUAUCGAUCACGUUGACGAGUACGUCCGAAACACCACUGCCCGAGCCUUCUCCGUCGUCGCCUCCGCUCUCGGUAUCCCCGCUCUCCUCCCCUUCCUGAAAGCCGUCUGUCGUUCCAAAAAGUCGUGGCAAGCGCGUCAUACCGGUAUCCGUAUCAUUCAGCAGAUUGCCGUCAUGAUGGGCUGCGCUACGCUUCCGCACUUGCGCAACCUGGUCGAUGCUAUCGCCGACGGGCUCAAGGACGACCAGCAAAAGGUGCGAACCAUGACCGCUCUUGCGCUUGCCGCCCUCGCCGAGUCUGCCGCGCCUUAUGGGAUCGAGUCGUUUGACAAUGUCUUGAAGCCGCUCUGGCUUGGUAUCAGGCAACAUCGAGGUAAAACGCUCGCCGCGUUCUUGAAGGCUAUCGGCUACAUCAUCCCGCUCAUGGACCCCGAGUACGCUGGAUACUAUGUUCGAGAGUGUAUGCCUAUCCUUAUCCGAGAAUUCCAAACUUCGGACGAGGAAAUGCGCCGUAUCGUCCUCCAAGUCAUCAAGCAGUGUGCUUCUACCGAAGGUGUCACCCCUUCCUAUAUUCGCGAGGAAGUCUUGCCAGAGUUUUUCAAGGCAUUCUGGGUGCGAAGGAUGGCGCUUGAUAAGCGAAACUACAAGCAGCUCGUGGAAACGACCGUGGAGCUGGCCAACAAGGCUGGUGUGGCGGAAAUCGUGGGAAGGACGGUGAACGACCUGAAGGAUGAGAGUGAAGCGUUCAGAAAGAUGGUCAUGGAGACAAUCACCAAGGUCGUUUCCAAUAUCGGAGCGGCCGAUGUUGACGAGCGUCUGGAGGUGCUUUUGAUCGAUGGCAUCAUCUAUGCCUUCCAAGAGCAGACGUUUGAAGAUACAAUCAUGCUUGACGGUUUCGCUACCAUCGUCAACUCGCUCGGUCCUCGAGUCAAGCCCUACCUCCCCCAGAUCGUGUCCAUGAUCCUUUGGCGUCUGACCAACAAGUCGGCCAAGGUCAGAAUGUUGGCGGCAGAUCUCACGGCCAAGCUGGCACCGAUCAUCAAGAGUUGUAGGGAGGAUGUCUUGUUGAGCAAAUUGGGUGUGGUGUUGUUUGAGCAGCUGGGUGAAGAGUAUCCGGAUGCGUUGGGAAGUUUGAUUGCAGCCGAGGCGUCCAUCGCCAACGUUGUUGGUAUGACUGAAAUGAACCCGCCUGUCAAGGAUCUUUUGCCACGAAUGACUCCCAUUCUCCGAAAUAGACACGAAAAGGUCCAAGAAGCGACCAUCAACCUUAUCGGUCGUAUUGCCGACCGAGGUGCCGAGUAUGUGCCUGCCAAGGAGUGGAUGCGAAUCUGUUUCGAGCUCCUCGAGUUGCUCAAGGCGCACAAAAAGGCGAUUCGACGAGCGGCUGUCAACACUUUCGGUUACAUUGCCAAGGCUAUCGGUCCUCAGGAUGUGUUGAGUGUGCUUUUGACAAACUUGAAGGUGCAGGAGCGACAGAGUCGAGUCUGUAGUACGAUUGCCAUUGCUAUCGUCGCCGAAACCUGUGGUCCCUUCACCUGUAUCCCCGCUAUCCUCAACGAGUAUCGUACACCUGAACUCAACGUUCGUAAUGGCUGUCUAAAAGCUCUCGCCUUCAUCUUUGAAUACGUCGGAGAAAUGUCCAAGGACUACAUCCACUCUGUUGUUGGCCUCUUGGAGGACGCCCUCACCGAUCGAGACCACGUCCACCGUCAAACGGCUGCUGCUAUCGUCAAGCAUCUCGCCAUCGGUGUCGCUGGUCUAGGCUAUGAGGAUGCCCUGACGCAUCUGCUGAAUCUGGUCUGGCCGAAUAUCUUUGAAACGAGUCCGCACGUGAUUGGUGGUAUGAUGGAUGCUAUUGAGAGUAUGAGACUGGGUUUGGGGUCGGGAGUCCUCUUGAGCUAUGUGCUGCAGGGACUGUUCCACCCGGCGAGGAGGGUCAGGGAGGUUUACUGGCGGAUGUAUAAUACGCUGAUACUCGGAUCAUCCGAUGCGUUGGUGCCGUUCUAUCCGGCUUUGGGGUCAGACUCGGACCUGGCGAACGGCCAAGAUUAUACGAGACAUCAAUUGAUGAUGUGGAUUUAG